GCAGGUUGGAGUCAAAUCUCUUUCUGCAGUAUCGAAGUGAUACAAGUGCUAUUGCAAAAGUAACACAGUGCGUGCAUUUGAACGAAGUAACAAACAUGUCGGCACAGAAGUUGAUGAUGUUCCUGGUGGUUGUCGCCGCUGCUGUGCUUUCCACGCAGGUCAGCUCAAUUCCGCAAGGUGGAAAAUACGCCGCCAACAUUUCCCACAACUUGAUCGUUGGGUACAGAUUACCCGGUGACAGGCUUGUGCUGUCGCAAAACAUCGUGAAGAAAUCCGUCUGGAUGCAAAUUGUCACCGAGGAGAGGACUUUCAACGUGUCCAAGUGGGAACGUAUCACUUUGGUCCGCGCUCUUGACCAGAAAACCAACGGAAACGGUGCGUACGCCAGCAUCACGAACGGUGGCCCAGGAUCCAACAACGUCACCAUCCGCCUCAAGAGCCAGAGAGGACACGGAAUCAACUUCAACGUAGAGUUGUACGCCCGAUACUAAACUGUCAAGCUGACAACGAAUUGAGGAAUUUCCCUGGGAACAACUUGCAAGUCGAUCGCAUAUUUCUCUUUGUAAAACAAAA